AUGAACAGUCUGACGGCCAUAGUGCAGAAUAUUUUAGGCGAAAGCAGAAGGCCAGUUAAAUUAGGCCUCAUCACCAUCAUUCCACUCUUCAAAGAGGACGUGUUGAGUGGGGGCGAGAUGGCUCAGUACCAAACCAGCGUGAGCGAUCUGUUUGCCAGUUUGGACCAAAAUCAGCCUCCCAAAUUCGAUUAUCCCAACGAUACUCAGUCAUUUGGAUCUUAUGCCACCAGAGCAAGAGUUCGUAGGCAACACUCUUUGCAAGUCAGUCAUCAGAAGGAGCAUAUUUCUGCGAUGGUUUCGAGGCUACCGGAUUUUUCCUCGUACGAGCGACACGAACUGGUUGUGGAUGCAGGAAGUAACAAGGAAAAUAGUCACCCGCAUUCCAUGGCACUCAGAUUCAAGCAGCUCUCUAUAGGUAACUCCAGCAGUCAUCUUGACGUGGAGUCAGCUCACCGGUCAGAGGAUGUUCGUGCAAAGACAAACAUUUUUUGUAGCACUCCUGGACCAGACUGUCAAUUUGGUAACAGCCCUACGGCUAUCCGUCGAAGGCGUGUCGUCCGUAUCGCUUCACUGGAAAACCUUCCGGCCACUCCAAUACCAUUCCAAGAGCAAAUCAGUCCGGUUGCUAGUCCACCGAAGGGUGCGAAUCGAAGUCUAACAACACAGACUCCAUUGUCUUCCGCUACCGGUUGGUUUGAGCCACAAGCCGCCAAAGAUGUUAAAGGUGAACCGACCGAAAAAGAGGUUGCUUUGGCCGUGCGUCCAUCAGUUAUUCUCUCAAAAGGUGGAAAAAAGUCUGACGCCUUCCUGAAACGACUGACGCGGCACUUUCGGAUCGACAACAUGAUUUUGAAUCAGUCUUAUUGGCGGUUGUUUUCGGGGUCGAAAUGGCUCAAGUGGUUAGAGCGCGAAUUUACUGACCGGAAGGUCCGUGGUUCGAACCCGACCUCUGCCACUCGACUUCCCCUGUCUAGGCUUGGGCGACCUGGCAGUAUCCCAGCCCUCCGGUUGUUUUCGGGGUCGAAAUGGCUCAAGUGGUUAGAGCGCGGAUUUACUGACCGGAAGGUCCGUGGUUCGAACCCGACCUCUGCCACUCGACUUCCCCUGUCUAGGCUUGGGCGACCUGGCAGUAUCCCAGCCCUCGUGCCUCCUUCAUGUGGCAUGGCACACCGAAAUCGUCGCAAACAAACAAUACGGAAACUCGGUGAAGGCUGUUUCGGAGAAGUUUUCCAGUGUACCGCUAACUAUGUUGCUCCAGUUGACCUCCAUUCCACAACAGAAUCGCUGGUGGCCAUCAAAGUUAUUCCGAUUGAAGGUAGCGUUCGGUUCAACGGAGACUGUCAGAAGACGUUCAAUGAAGUUGUCUCGGAGUUCGUACUCUUCGAACACUUAUGGGGGGACGAGAUUGCUCAGUGGCUAGAAGGCGAAAAUAGUGACCUGAAGGUCCGUGGUUCGCGCCCAAACUAUGCAUCUCGACCGCUUCUCUGUAGGCUUGGGCAACCUAACACUAUCCCAGCCUUCGUGCUUCCUUCGGGUGGCCUG